AUCCCACCCCGCCAGCCCAGCGCCUCCGCCGCGCGCCUCCAGCCUGGUGUGAGCCGACGCCAAGAGCCGGUUCGGGAGGCCCCGGCCGGCCCACGGCUCAGCUGGUGAAAUAAAUUUCAUCUCCUCCCCAGAUGAAGCGUCUUCCAGCAGUCAUGUGCCCCAGAGGCCACAACCCGAACCCUUAGAAAAAGCCCCCCCGCGCCCAGUCCAGCGCGGGCCUGGCAGCCACAGGGCCCACAGGGAGGACGGUCGUUCCCGACACUCGCGUCCACGGUGAUCAAGCCCAGGGCCUUCCCUAGGUGCCAAUGCCCUAUCACUCCCCCAGACCCGCCAGUGAGCCGGGUACGGCCAGAGAACGCCAAAUCGGGCCCUGACCACCCUCCAUGCCCUCCCCCAGGCCAGCCGAGCUGCAGCACUGAGCCGAGCAGCUGCUGCCCCGCGCAAGGACGGCCACUGGCACGGAGACGCCGCAGACCCAGCGCCCGAGUCUGGCUUGUAGGAGACUCCACCGACCAUCACGUCUGCCUCCACUUUCCACUGCAAGUGCCACCCCUGAGGAGUGUUCCUCAAUUUCAAAGAUGUCUCGCUCACUUGGAAAAGAACUGCCUUCCUCCCUAAAAACAGAUCUCCGGGAGCCUUCUGGCAAAUCCUGAGCCCCGAGGCCGUGGCUGCUGGAGCCUUCGGCAUGGAGAGCACCGCGGGGCUGGAGCUGCUCAAUGGCACGGCCUUCCCGGGGCCGGCCAGCGCCUCGGCGCAGCAGCACUAUGCCAUUGGCCUCUUCCUCUCCUGCAUCUACACCGUCUUCCUCUUCCCCGUCGGCUUCGUGGGGAACAUCCUGAUCCUGGUGGUGAACAUCCAAUUCCGUGACAAGAUGACGGUCCCCGACCUGUACUUCAUCAACCUGGCGGCCGCAGACCUCAUCCUGGUGGCCGACUCGCUCGUCGAGGUGUUCAACCUGGACGAGCGCUACUACGACUUCACGGCCCUGUGCACCUUCAUGUCACUCUUCCUGCAGGUCAACAUGUACAGCAGCGUCUUCUUCCUCACCUGGAUGAGCUUUGACCGCUACGUCGCCCUGGCCGGGGCCAUGCGCUGCGGCCUGCUCCGCACCAAGCACCGCGCCAGGAUGAGCUGCGGCUGCAUCUGGAUGGCCUCUGUCUCGGCCACGCUGGUGCCCUUCACGGCUGCCCACCUGCAGCACACUGGGGACGUCUGCUUCUGCUUCGCAGACGCCAAGGAGGUUCAAUGGCUGGAAGUCACCUUGGGCUUCGUCGUCCCCUUCGCUGUCAUCGGCCUCUGCUACUCGCUCAUCGUGCGGGCCCUGGUCAAGGCUCGCGGGCACCGAGGCUUGCGGCUGCGCCGGCAGAAGGCCCUGCGGAUGAUCGCGGCUGUGGUCGUCGUCUUCUUCGUCUGCUGGCUCCCGGAGAACGUCUUCAUCAGCGUCCACCUCCUGCAGCGCACGCAGCCCGGGGUGGCCUCCUGCAGACAGUCCUUCCGCCACGCCUACCCCUUGACCGGCCACAUUGUCAACCUCGCCGCCUUCUCCAACAGCUGCCUGAACCCCCUCAUCUACAGCUUCCUGGGGGAGACCUUCAGGGACAAACUGAGGCUGUACAUAGAGCAGAAAACCGGUGUGCCGGCUCUGAACCGCCUCUGCCAUGUCGCCCUCAAGUCGGUCCGCCCGGACAGCACGGAACAGGCAGACAAGCGGCUCAGCAGUGUGGUGUGAGGAGCCCCACGCGGGCGCCCCCCGGGGAGCAGCAACAGACGCCGGUUCCCACAGGCCCAGUGACGCGGAGGGCAAGGCGGGCAGGCACCUCCAUGCUUCUACACCUCAAACGCGGUCGGAGCACUCACGGGGCCCUCGACUGCCCCACCCCGCACAGCCUGCUGCAGCCACAACCGCCCCGCAGGAAAGGGCGCCAACGCCAGGCCCAUCCCCACGCCCCUCCCCGUGCGCUGCCCCUGAUAUGGGUGGCCACAGAAGCAAAACGAGAGGCCCUGUGGAUGAACUCUUGGUUACAAAGGCGACCAGCCACAACCCGGCACCCUGGGGAAGACACAAAGGCUGGGGCGGAGUCAGCGCAGUGGUCAGUGCUGGAGGGCAGGCAGCGUGUCCCCGCCUGCAGCCUGCAACCGACUCCUCUCGCCCUGCUCGGACUCAGUCUGGGCCGCCUCGAGCUCCUGAAGGCCGCCGUCGCAGCGCUUGCCCCCACAUCCCCCGAUGGACGGGCUCUUCAGCAGGGACCCCCGUCCUGCCACCCGACUGGGUCAUGGCGGCCUCUGCAACAAGCUGAGUGCACCGAGACUGCGCAGCGCCGCAGGGCCGCAACAGGGAAGCGAUGUGGACGGUGCUGGGGGCCACACACAGGUUCACUCAAAGCCACAUGCACCAGCCAUGCUGGCAACAUCCCGUCCCUGUCAAUAAACAGUCGCCUGUGAGGUCUCCUCAACCCAAGAGGGGUGAGGGGGCCCAGGGAGGCCAGCAGCCGCCCCACCUCCAGGCCCAAGUUCCAUGGGGCUUGCUCGCUUCCCGGAGGGCCCAAGUCCAGCCCAGGGCCAGGACCCGCCAUUCCCAAGGCUCUGCACACUUCCCCCAAUGCAGAAGAUGCAGCUCCACCUGGGCAACCAGAGCCCUCUUUUCUAGAAGGCUCUGCACUGUGCACCUAAGCCAAGGUGCUCACAGUACUGAGAAGGCUCUGCUGGGCCCCUGUCUUCCCCUCCUGGCCCCCUGUCCUUCCUCGGAUGGCCCUGAGGACAAGGCCUGAGUUCGAGUCAGCUCCUCCCCUCAUCUGCCGGCCACCCUGUCAGCGCCCACCCCGGGAGGCCUGGCUCCCUGACAGCGGCAGCGUGCCAGACCGCCAAACCGGGCGCCUCGGGCAGGACCUCGGGAGCUUCCACAGAAGUACCUGGUGGAGCUCAGGCAGCGUUUCCCAAAGGAGAACACGAGGCAAUUUUUAAGUGAUAGAAAAAUAAACCUUUUUAGAUUUCAAUAGUUCUUAUGGCUAUUUUCCACUUACAGCUAGACUGCUGCUUUUUCACUUACGAUAAUAACAUUGUUGUAUUUGCUUUAUACAUGCAUUUGAAGAAAAGGGCAAGCCAAAUAAAAAAAAAUAC